AUUACCUCGAUUCAGGAAAGGGAAGUUGCUAGCUGCUUUGGAAAGUUAUCGAAGCAGAAGGUUAUCUUUCUCUGAAGUUAGUUAGCAAAUAUAACAAACAGAAGAAAGAAAACAACAACAUGGGAACAACAGCAAGUCAAUUAGGGAAGGAUCUGCUCUCAGAAUAUCAGGAGCUGACAUUUCUUACAAAACAAGAAAUUCUGCUGCAGAGUGGAGGUUGUGUGAUGCAUGUUUUCUUUAGGGCACACAAGAGAUUCAGUGAAUGCCUCUCCAAAGAGGACAAAAACCUCCCCACCCCCCGAGUGCCCAUGGAGAAAGUCCUUUCACUGCCAGAACUCAAGUCCAACCCUUUCAGAAAAAGGAUCUGUCACGUAUUCUCAACGUCUGAUAUGAAAGAUGGAAGUCUCACCUUUGAGGACUUCCUUGAUCUCUUGAGUGCCUUCAGUGAUUCAGCUACACUGGAAAUCAAGUCCCACUAUGCAUUCCGCAUUUUUGACUUUGAUGAUGAUGGCACUCUGGAUAGUGGGGACCUGGAGAAGCUGGUGAACUGUCUGACUGGUGAGACAGAUGACACAAGGCUUACCCCUGAAGAGAUGAGGCAGCUCAUCAGCAAUAUUCUUGAAGAGUCAGAUAUUGACAAAGAUGGGACUGUGAAUCUGUCAGAGUUCCAACACGUCAUCUCAAGGUCUCCAGAUUUCGUCAGUUCUUUUAAGAUUGUUCUGUGAAGUCUACAAAUAAGACACCAGGAUAUGGAUGCUUUGGAUUCUCUGUCCUAUUGAUACUCAGAAGACCUCUUAUUUUUUGCAUUGUAAUAACAAUAACCUUUUAGAGAUUUUGCCUUAAAUUAUCUUUGUCUCUGUAGAUUAAUAUUUUCUAUUAUAUGUUUGAUAAUGUAUUUUUACAUAAUGUAUAUGCAAUAAUAGCUCUCUAACUGUAUUUUAAAAUCUAAAUAGCUAGAAUAAAAGUAAUCAAGUCUUAGUCAC